AUGGCUUCACUCAACCUUCCAGAGAAAUUCGCUGCCAUCCCUAGAGAAAACUUCCUCUUUGGACCUUCUCCAAUCCAAUCACUGCCCCGAAUCUCGGCUGCACUUGGAGGCAAAGUAAACGUUUAUGCCAAGCGCGAGGACUGCAACUCUGGUCUGGCCUAUGGCGGUAACAAAGUACGAAAGUUAGAAUACCUCGCCUCAGAGGCUCUAUCACAGGGCGCCGACACUCUAGUCUCCAUCGGCGGCGUCCAGUCAAACCACACCCGCGCCGUCACGGCCGUGGCAGCCAAGCUCGGCCUCAAGGCGGCCACCCUCCAGGAGCACUGGGUCGACUGGGAGGACCCGGGCUACGAGAAGGUCGGCAACAUCCAGCUCUCCCGGCUGAUGGGCGGCUCCGUCCAUCUCAACACCGAGACGUUCGGCAUCGAGCACAAGCAGGCCCUCGCCAAGCUCACUGACGACAUCAAGGCCGACGGCCGCAAGCCCUACUACAUCCCCGCGGGAGCCUCCGACCACCCCCUGGGCGGGCUGGGCUUCGCCCGGUGGGCGUUCGAGGUCGAGGCGCAGGAGAAGGAGCUCGGCGUCUUCUUCGACACCGUCAUCGUCUGCGCCGUCACCGGGUCGACCUUUGGCGGCAUGGUCGCCGGCUUCAAGCUCGCCCAGAAGCUCGGCUCCCCGGCCCGCAAGGUCAUCGGCAUCGACGCCUCGGGCAAGGUCCAGCAGACCUUUGACCAGGUCCUGCGCAUCGCCCGCUUCACCGGUGAGAAGAUUGGCCUCAGCCCCGAGGACAUCACCGAGGAGGACAUCAUCCUCGACCCAAACUACAAUGCCAAGAUCUACGGUAUCCCUGACGAGACUACCCUUGCCGCUAUGAAGUUUGGAGCCCAGACGGAGGCUUUCAUCACGGACCCGGUUUACGAGGGCAAGAGUCUGGCGGGGAUGAUCGAUCUUAUCAAGACUGGCAAGAUUGCUGGUGGAAAUGUACUGUAUGCCCAUCUCGGAGGUCAACUUGCUCUCAAUGCAUACUCCUCCCUGUAG